CGUGCAUCCGGCGCGUAGCUGGCGGUCCCGGGUACUGCUGGUCUGUGUGUGCUGAGGGAGGGUCGCCCCGCCAGCCACCGCCGGAGGAGCACCUCGGGCCGUUGUAAGCAUCAAUAAUGUCUUUCAUCUUUGAGUGGAUCUACAAUGGCUUCAGCAGUGUGCUCCAGUUCCUAGGACUCUACAAGAAAUCUGGAAAACUUGUCUUCUUAGGGUUGGACAAUGCAGGCAAAACCACUCUUCUUCACAUGCUGAAAGAUGACAGACUAGGUCAGCACGUACCAACACUACAUCCUACUUCAGAAGAACUGACAAUUGCUGGAAUGACUUUUACCACUUUUGAUCUUGGUGGACAUGAGCAAGCACGUCGGGUUUGGAAAAAUUAUCUCCCAGCGAUUAAUGGGAUAGUUUUUCUGGUGGACUGUGCGGAUCAUUCUCGUCUCAUGGAAUCCAAAGUUGAGCUUAAUGCUUUAAUGACUGAUGAAACAAUAUCCAAUGUGCCAAUUCUUAUUUUGGGAAACAAAAUUGACAGGACAGAUGCAAUCAGUGAAGAAAAGCUCCGUGAAAUAUUUGGGCUCUAUGGGCAGACCACAGGAAAGGGGAAUGUGACUUUGAAGGAGCUGAACGCCCGCCCCAUGGAAGUGUUCAUGUGCAGUGUGCUCAAGAGGCAAGGCUACGGCGAGGGUUUCCGCUGGCUUUCCCAGUAUAUCGACUGAUGUUUGGACAGUGAAAAUAAAGAGUUUUACUUCUGGACUGAGCCUGUUCACAGCCUCCUCAUGGACUUUUCUAAUAGAACAAGGAAAGCUCUCCAACCAUGUCUGGCAUUGAGAAGCCACGCAUCUCUGUCUGCGCUCAUUGCCCAGUGGUGACAUGUGCUCUUCUCCACUCUUGGGAAGUAACACUGCCUCCCUGCUGGUGCAGGUCAGUGUGCAGGGACUUGGGCUGGCAGGAUUUGCCAGGGGAAGCUUGGUGCCAUCAUGGACACCUGAAAAGAAAAACACGUCUCACCACUGGUUGAUUUCAAAAGAAAGUGAUUCUAUUUUUUAAAGAAAGUGUUGUUGAUGUAAUUGGUAUCCCUUCUCUUAACUUUCUGAGUUCACAAUUUACUUGGUCCAGAUUUUCUAUUCUUUUUUUUUUUAAACUAGUAAAAGAAAUUUAGAUACUUCAUAAAAUUAUGAACAGCUAGUGCUUUGGAGGCCAGAGCUCUGCUGUGUAACUGCCUUGUUGAAGGUGGCACCUGAGCACAGGCGCCAGGAGAGGGCAGAGCCUUGGCCUUUCCUGGGGCAGUCUCCACUGUGGUAAGGGGAGUCCCUCAUCUGGAGUGGAUAAAGUGUCAUUGUCACAUUGUCAACUUUAUUUGCAGUUACUGGUUUCAGCAGGCUUUGCUUUUAUACUGUUGUAGAAUUUCAUCUCUGUGUAGCACCUUCCUUUCUUCACUGUAGAUAUAAAAAGUGACUUUUGCCUCAUGAAAAGGUUAAGAACAUCUCUUAUUAGACCCCAUGUUGCGGGUGUGUCUCAGAUGCUUUUGAGCGUAUUCUAGGGGGAUGGUUCUGAACAGGAGGACACAGGUCAGCAUCAACAGCCCAAGGCUCUGAAUUCUGUGAGUAGAAGACCUAUUUAUCUGUUCUGCUAGCAUAGCAUUGGUUGAACCUAGGAAAGGCUUUCAGGGGGCCUUUGCAUUUUCCUCUCCAGAAAUAAGUAGAACAUAAAAUGGCCUACCAGCAAGAGUGAGUGCUGGUGUGAAAGCAGCGGCCCCGUGAGGAUCAUGAACAGGAUUUUUAUAGCAUUUGGUUUUCAUGAUGCCACAUACGAAAUUGGGUUUUCAUGGUGUUAACUUGAUAGCCUACCCUUGGAGUAGAGUGGAGGAGAUGGAAUCCUGCUUCCUACUUUCUUUAGUGCAAGGUGAGAGGUAGGUUCUUAGCUAUGGUGCUGCGGCCUUGUGACAGACUUGUGUCCAGUAGAGUGUAGGGAAGGCGGGUAGCACACUCCUGGGGAAUGAGUUCCCACUUCUUAGUUGUGAGCACUGUGCUCAUGGGACAGUUCUGUCACACUGCCAGGUUCCCAGUGCAGAGGCUUGGUGAGGUUUCUGUCUGCAAAACGCAUGCAUUGCGUUCAGCCACGACCAGCUGGAAUGAGAACAGUGUGGAAAGGCCUGCUAAGCCUUGAGUGAGGGAAUCUAGCUGGUGGCUAAUGAACUGGCUGGGUAACUUGUAUGCUUUUCUUUGCCUUUGCCUGAAGACUGCCCAUGUCUCUGUCCAGACACAUGACAGGUCUCAUUGCCUCAGUGUUGGUUUCCUUAUUUGUCUUUUUCAUUUGUUCCUAAGCGCUUGAUGGCAAGCUAGAAGACUGGACUCUGUCCAGGGUGGCUCUUUGUGAAAGUGGUUUAUUCUUGCCACUGGAGAAAGAGAUGACUGAAAAGUGGCACCAGUCUGCUUCCUGCCCCGCACAACACCAAAUUAAAUAAGGUGGCCAAAAGAAGUUGCUGCAGUAAGCGCAACUCCACCAGAGGGCCAGGGCCAUGUCUAGGGGCUCCAGUGAACUGAAACUCUUCAUUCUGUUUAUCAGAGUGCACAUGUGUCCUGUUGCAGCAAAAGUAAAACUGUCAUUUACAAAAGGUCAGUCUGUAUCCUAAGCAUUUUAAUAAAAAGCUAAAAUGAA